AUGUCAUCAGUGGAACCAGAGGCAUCAGUUGUGAAUACACCUGGAGAAUCAGAAGGGGUGCCUGGUGUUGAGAAUGAUAUCAUAAAAGAAGAAACAGCGGGCAGUGAAUCGGAAGCGAAAGCAGUAGAUGUUGAACAGAUAUCUAAGAAUUUUCAAGAGAAAGCCAGAAAUUACCUCAUCGAACAAACUGGACAUGUCGUCAUUCCAUCUUAUGGUAAAUGGUUUAAUAUGAAUGAGAUAAAUUCCAUUGAAAAGAAACUGUUUCCAGAUUUCUUCCCACCAAGAGAGGAUGGAGCUAAGUCCGUCUAUAAAACAGCUGAAGUUUAUAAAAAUAUGAGAGAUUUCAUGAUAAAUGCGUAUCGAAUUAAUCCCUUGGAGUAUUUGUCAAUUACAGCAGUUCGUCGAAGCUUAGCAGGUGAUGUUACCAGUAUAAUUAGGAUUCAUCAAUUUUUGGAAAGAUGGGGUUUAAUAAAUUAUCAAAUUGACCCCAGGACUAAGCCAUCUACUGUUGGUCCUCAGUACACUGGGCAUUUUCAGAUUACGUUGGACACUCCGAAAGGCUUGGUUCCUUUCAUACCAGAACAUAAAGAUGUUAUUAAUGGCAAGGCGAGUAAUCCGAAUGUAUUGUCUGAUUCUUCUGAGCAGCCUUCUCAGAGGACCGAAAAUGACAGUAAAGAAAUUCCGUUAAACUUGGAGGCAAGGCGUAAUAUUUACUCAAGCUCAGACGACUCCUAUAAUUCGAGUAACAUAAUUCAGUAUUUUUGCAAUAUCUGUGGAAAGGAUACAAGCGAAGUUAGGUUUCAUAACUUGAAAGUCAAGUCGUAUUCGAGUAAUCCAAAUUCGACUUUCAAUAAGGCUUCUAUAUUAUGUAUUAACUGUUUUGAGCAAGGUUUAUUUCCUCUGAAUUUUCAAGCAUCAGAUUUCAUUAAGUUAGAUCAACCAAGUGAUAGAACAUGGUCUGAGCAAGAAAUAUUGCUCUUGAUGGAGGGAAUAGAGAUGUUUGGAUCUUUUGAUGUUCAAAAUGGCGCCGUGGGAGGGCAUGGUGGCUCGUUGAACUCCAAUCCUAAUGGGCAGUGGGACAAGAUUAGCGAAUUUGUAGGAACGAAAUCAAAGGAACAGUGCUUAAUCAAAUUUAUACAACUACCUAUUGAAGACAGGUAUUUGAAUAAGCUUAUAAACGGAUCUAAAGAAAAUGGCAAGAGCAUUGACAAAGCAACUUUGGUACAAGAUAUUGCCAAAGAAGUGGUCUUAAAAGCAGAGGGCAAGGAAAUAAUCAAAGAAAAUUCCAUCAAUAGUUUAAAGGAAUCUAUAGUUGAACAGUCAGAUUUGAUAAAUCAAGUGAUAGAGUUGACAUUAAAAAAGGUAGAUGUCAAACUUGAUACCUUGGACACACUUGAAUCUAGCCUUCUCGAGGUGGAAAGACAGCGUAAUUUAGAAAGAAAGCAGAUCCUUAUUGAGAGAUGGCACCAAUUUGAGAAGAUAAACAAAUUGAAGCAACAGAGACCCGAGCUUGCCAGCAUUCUAGAUGAUUUAUUAACUCCUGUCAGCAUUAACGAGAUUAACAAGUCACUCAAAGAAUCUGACGAGGAGGGCGAACAAGGAGACCAAAUUAAUGGUGCUUCGCUGGUAAUAAACUCCACUGCAAAUAAUGAGACCACUAGAGAACAUUUACCAAUAAGUGUUGUGCAGCCAAAGAGCUAUGAGUUCUGGUCUGGUUAA